UUAAAUAAAUGUUUGCUGGGCAGUGGGAGCGGGGCCAGACCCUCUUGCAAGCUUAGGAUCUCUCAGACUUCUGAAUGUCAGCGACUGAAAAUGCCGAUAGACGAUGAAACGUCUGAGGAAGACUCGGAUUCAGUUUCCUCAAACAGUGAAAGAACCUAUAUUUUCAAAUAAAAGAGUAUAACAGUUUGUACACUAUGGAAGAUUUUGAUUUGGUAAAAACGAUACAGCGAACAUCUUCUGUGGAAUCUGAUAACAAAAAUUCUCCCCAUUCUCUUGGACUUAACAUAAACUCUAAAGGGAAGACCGGGCCCUCUGUCAUCCAAGGCACAGUUGAAGUCCUAACCUCUUUCAUGCAAGAGCUGCGAAACAGUGGGAAGACAGAUUCGGAGCUUUGGAAAAACUGUGAGGCCAGGUGGUCACAGCUAUUCAGUUUGGUGGAAAAGCAAUGCCAAGAACAGAUUGUUGCCCAGCAGGAACAGUUCCACAACCAAAUUCAACGUAUACAGGAAGAGAUAAAAAAUUUAGUCAAACUGCAGACCAGUAAUGCUUCCUGGGUUUCCUGUGAGAAAAGUUCUUCCAGCAAACAGGCAUCUUCAGAAAGUCAAAUGGGUUUUUUUUCUGAAAGCAGUGAAAGAAAUGAAUGUGUUGUCAGCUACCCUAAGUCAAAAGAACCUGAGAUGCAGCACGAGACGUCCACAUCACAACCAGACUGCAACGUGGAUAGCAGCUCAGUGAGCAGUGGCUAUGGUACCUUCUGUGUGUCAGAAUUAAAUACUGACAAGUCCAAGGACACCCAGGAGUUCAUGGAGCACCCAGAUGUUUCUAAAGGACAAUAUGGGGCACCAGUGGUGCAGACAGAUUCGCUUGUGGGUGGCAUGAAAAACAAGAAAUGUUACAUACAGACCACCAAAGAGUUUUGUGACUCUUUAAAGGAAGAGUGUUCCAUUUUUCCUGGUGAAUUUGAACAUAAUUUUCUUGAGGAAAAUAAGAUUUCUGAAGUAUACAGUGGGAAAACAAACAGUAAAUCUGUAACUUCAUGGGCACAAAAGCUGAAGCAGAACCAACCAAAGAGGGCACAUGUAGAAGAAGGCUGUUCAAGAUCUAAGCGAGGAAGUGAACACAGCAAGAAGUUACCAGUUGAGAAAUCUGAUUUUGCUGCUGUCCCACAUCCUUGUGCUUUUUACCUCAAUAAACCGGAUGAAAGCCCGACUGCUUGGGUGUCUGACUCAGGAACAGGACUGACAUACUGGAAGCUGGAGGAGAAGGACUUGUAUCACUCUUUGCCUGACACUUUAGAGAAGACGUUUGUCCCCACCCCGUCCAUGGAUCUGUCACCUAGACAGGUACUGACUUUGGAUUCAGCACUACCCAUGAAGCCGAUUCCGCAGGUUUCGGGAGUGCAACCACAGGACUUUCUGAAUGCCCUCGAUGACAGAAUAUCCUUUUCCCCAGAUUCUGUCCUAGAACCUAGCGUGUCUAGUCACUCUGACAUAGACUCAUUUUCACAAGCAAGUAACAUUGCUCCUGGAUUCCCAAAAUAUCCUUCAAAGACCAAAGCUUCACCAGUGGACUCUUGGAAGAAUCAUGCAUUCCAAAACGAAAGUAGGAGCAGUUCCACGUUUCCCUCGGUGUACACUGUUGCUAGUAAUGACCUCUCGGUCAACACUGUAGACGAAGAAAACACUGUCUUGGUAGCUUCGGCCUCUGUCAGUCAGUCCCAGCUUCCAGGUACAGCCAACAGUGUCCCAGAAUGCAUUUCAUUGACUUCCUUGGACGAUCCUGUGAUAUUGUCUAACAGGAUCAGGCAGACCCUGAAAGAGAAGCAUGCGCGGCAUGUGGCAGAUCUUCGGGCUUAUUACGAAUCAGAAAUUGCUAGUCUGAAACAGAAGCUGGAGGCAAAGGAGAUUUCUGCAGUUGAAGACUGGAAGAAAACCAAUCAGAUUCUUGUAGACAGAUGUAGCCAAUUAGAUAAUGCUUUGAAUGAAGCUACUUGUCGUGUGAGAACACUUGAAAAUAAGAAUAACUUACUGGAAAUAGAGGUGAAUGAUUUGAGGGAACGCUUCAGUGCAGCCAGCAGUGCUUCCAAAAUUUUGCAGGAACGAAUUGAGGAGAUGAGAACAAGUAAUAAAGAAAAAGACAACACCAUCAUGCGGCUCAAGUCUAGACUGCAAGAUCUAGAAGAAGCGUUUGAGAACGCCUACAAACUCUCAGAUGAUAAAGAAGCUAGGCUGAAACAAGAAAACAAAAUGUUUCAAGAUCUUUUAGGAGAGUAUGAAUCCCUUGGAAAAGAGCACAGUCGAGUAAAGGAUACAUUAAAUACAGCUGAGAACAAAUUGCUUGACGCACAUACUCAGAUUUCUGAUUUGAAAAGAACAAUUUCAAAACUUGAAGCUCAGGUCAAGCAAGUCGAGCAUGAAAAUAUGUUGAGUCUUCGCCAUCAUGCCAAAGCUCAUGUGCGACCCCCCCGUGCCAACACAGUAGCAACUGCAGACGUCAGCAGGCGGAAGUGGCUGAUACCAGGUGCAGAGUACUCUAUCUUCACUGGGCAGCCUCUGGACAGCCAGAGCCAAGUGGACGGCCAGCUGGAGGAAACCUGUGUUCCUGGGUACUGUUCUCCUCCAGAAAAGGAUUCCUCUCCUGGAAGUUCACCAACAAGCUUAAAAAAACAGAGAGAGACAUCAGACACAGCAGUCAUGAAAGCCCUAAAAGAACUUGAUGAAGAGAAGAUAUUUAAGAACUGGGGGACACAAACAGAGAAAGAGGGCACCUCAAAUAUGAAUCCCCGGCACACAGAAACUUCAGUCAGUCGCUCCCCAGAGAAAUGUGCCCAGCAGAGACAGAGGAGACUCAACUCCGCCUCACAGAGAUCUUCGUCUUUGCCGCCUUCAAACCGCAAGCCAAGCACCCCAACAAAAAGAGAGAUUAUGUUAACACCAGUGACUGUGGCUUAUAGUCCAAAGCGAUCCCCUAAAGAAAAUUUGUCCCCAGGAUUUAGUCAUCUACUUAGCAAAAAUGAAAGCAGUCCAACUCGAUUUGAUAUACUUUUGGAUGAUUUAGAUACUGUUCCUGUGUCUACAUUACAACGAACCAAUGCAAGAAAACAACUCCAGUUUCUUCCUCUAGAUGACCCUGAAGAAAAAAAAUAUUCAGAAAAAGCCGCAGACAACCUUGUUAAUCAUAGCUCUUGCCCCGAACCAUUGCCAAAUGGAAUGAAGAAAGCCCCUGCGAGACCAGCCUGGGAGAAGUGUAAACUAGCUGGCCAGGAACAGCGUGAGCUGGUUCCCGUGACACCGCAGGGUACUGACUUUGAAUAUACUGCAAAAAUUAGAACCCUCGCUGAAACGGAACGCUUCUUUGAUGAACUAACAAAAGAAAAGGACCAGAUUGAGGCAGCACUAAGCCGAAUGCCUUCUCCUGGAGGACGAGUCACUUUACAGACAAGGUUAAAUCAGGAAGCCUUGGAAGAUCGUUUGGAAAGGAUUAAUCGAGAACUGGGCUCAGUUCGCAUGACACUAAAGAAGUUUCACGUUUUGCGCACCUCUGCAAAUCUUUGAGAUUUGUAGCCAUUAAAUUUUGAGACCUUU